CUAAAAUGCAUAUUUCUGUUACUGUACAUGUUGCCAUGUUGUUCAAUUGGGAAUUACUCCAUAUGUUUGGAAUUAACUGACAUGAACGAUCAUCUCAGCUAUAAUAAAAUUCAAAAAUGAGUAGCCCCCUGUGCCAGUUACUUCCAAACAGAGGGACUCUAUUUUUCUAUAGUUAAAAUGCAUUUGUGUUAGUCUGAUGUGUGAACAAAACAGAUGGGGGAAGUGAGUUCUUGCUAUUCUCUUUUUUCCUUUUGUUUCUGUUUGAUAUUUACUCCCUACUCUGAUGCUUGAGUGUUUUUAAUCUCCCCUGUUUUAUUCCUUUGGUGCUACUUGGGCAUUUUUAAGGUCUGUUUUUGUUUGCUUUGAGAAUUAAAAAGAGUUGGUUAGUAUUAGAUUUGAAAGUUAGACAUAGAGCUAUGAGUUAGUGUAAUGGUUUGACAUAUCGUAUUGUCAUAUUCAUCUCUUCUUUAGAAUAAAGAAGAAUUAGUUAGUUUUAGGUUUGAAUGUCAGGCAAAAUUCAAAUGGGGCAAGCGACCUAUUAGCCAAGUUUCUAAUUGUUAUUUGGUGUUGAGAUUCAUAUGGUUGAGACAUAAUUUUAACUAGACGCCUUUAUAUGUAAUCUAUUGCGUGGUUUGCUACAAAAUUAUGUCUCGGCCGUAUGUAUUUACAUUAUUACUGUAAGCUUCUAAAAUAUUAAUUAUGCUAGGACAAUUCAUCUUUAGCUUUAACUAUAAUAUUUCUAAAUGUGCAAGUAAAUACUACUGGGAAUAUGACUACAAAAAAAAUCAUGACAUGCGAGCAAUUCUUGGUUUAAAUCCUGUGAGCUUAAAUAACACGAGAGCUAAACUAUUGUGCUAUGUUCAGAAUUGUUAUGUAGUUUUCAUUUUUUUUACCAAAAGACAAUUGACUUUACUUGGUUCAUUUUUUGUUUGUUCUGUAGUAAUCGAUCAUAUAUUCAUAUAGUUUUGAAGGAUCUGACAUUUCAAGAUGUCUACAAGUAUGCAUUUUUGGGACAAGGGUGGAGGAAAUAUCACCUGGGAUUAGUAGGGUGUAUUUUUACUUUUUUUAAGCAUCAACUGACAACGAGCAAGGCUCCCACUGAUUUUUUAUAUUAUCAGCUACCAGACAUAAGAGUUACACACACGGUUGAGAUUACAUAUCAUCCUGGGGCACUCCUACAAACUCCACGGGCGGUAGAGUGUCAAAGAAAAAAAAUCUACAAAAGAUACCAGGGAGGGCUUAACCCUAUGGACAAGCAGAGAGAUAAACAACAUGUAUAUGAAAACUACAGAUAAGCAACAUGAACGUGGUCAUGCUUGGUUGGAUGCAAUGCAUAAUACAUGAUCCUGCUCAAGUGAAAAUCUGAUCAUACCUAUGUAUAUCUUUAAAAACUGAUGGCAAGCUGUAUGUUACUCUGUGUCGUGUACAAGGAUUUUAUAACGUAUUUCUCGUUGCAACGGGCAAUUGUCCUAGUUAUUUUUAAAAUGAACUCGCUGGUAAGUUUGGUAAAGCAAGCCACCGUGCAACCUCCUUUCAAAAGAUUUCUCAAAAAAAAAAACCUCCUUUCAAAAGAAGAAAAAAUAUUCUCCUUUCCGAAAACGGGGGAGUGCUGAGCGGAGGGCUAUCUCGAGAACCAGACAACCUCCAGAGGCCGACGUGGAAGAAGAGCAGACCGCAGACCGCAGAACAGAACGCAGAUAUUUCCUCCUAACUAAUCCGCUUCUCCAAGGGUUUAAGGGAAAACGGCGGCCCACACGUCGGUAAGGGUUUUGGGCGUCCCUCCCCUCUCCCUCCCGCCGCCUCCAUUCCCCGCGCCCCCACCCGUGAGCCGGAUCACCGCCGCUAAACCCACCCCCGCAGCCACCUCCCGACCCUCCCAGCAGCACAUCUCGCCGCCUCCCCAUCCAUGUCCGCCGCCUAGAACCCCGCGCCCGCCAGCCACCCAGCAGGACACCGCCUCCCCUCGUUGCCCGUGGCGCACACCCGCCGCCGUGCCGUCGGCCCGCCACCGCCUCUCAUGCGCGUCGCCUCCAUCGCCGUUCCCGUGCCUCCUCGUCGGGACCUCGCUGCCCCCGCCCCGUCAGCGGGCUCUGGCAAUUUGGUUUUGAGAUGAUGGCCAAAGGAUUUCUAGCCAAGAGCGAUAAUGCAGGGACAAAGAAAUCUCCCCUGCAAAUCCAGAUGCUGGAGACAUUUUAUUCUGAGGUACAAUAUCCGAAGCCGGAGGGCGUGACAGAGUAUGCGGCAUCUGUUGGUUUGACUCACAACCAGGUCAGAAUAUGGUUCAAAGAGCGGAGGCGGAAAGAGAAGAGACACAUGGAAGCUGCAGCGGUUCAUAUGGAAACACAAGCUAGUGCAAGAUCAAAUUGGCCUAGAUGUAGCAGCAGCAGGUCUUCCAAUUCAAGCCAAUCUCCAAUGCAAGAUACCACAGGACAUCACUCCUACCAGGACCAAAGCAUUUUGAAGAAGAGAAAGAUCAUGGCGCCUGCUGCUCAGAAAUCCAGUUUGCCAUUUGAGGACAAUAAUCCUGUGAGGAAGCAUGGAAAGGGCAAAGGUUUAAUGACAGUGUGGCAUGCAAUGUAUUCCCAAACUGCAGAAAUUCAAGAUUGCUCCAGUUUCAUUGAUGAAAGUGGUUGCUUGAGGUCAUUGAGACCAUUCGAAGAUUGUGGUGGAAAGCUUGCCCAAAAACAAACUUUGCCAUGGAAGAAAGUAAACAAAAAGAGUAGACCUCCACCGAGUAAAAGGAAGGUGCCAUGUGGCAGAGUUACUGAUUUGAAGGAGCAUCCUCCAGUGGAGUGCCAUCUUUCAGUUGAUGAAUCAGAAUCUUCAGAACUACGAACUGAACAGGCUACUUUAGUUGAUGAUGAGGAGCUUGAGCUAAGUGAGUUACAAGCAGGUCCUAAUCCGCUAAGAUGUUCAGCUCAUCUUUCUUCAACUGGGAGACAUGGCUGCCCCCUUUGUAAAGAUUUACUUGCCAGGUUUCCUCCACCAAGUGUCAGGAUGAAACAACCAUUUCCCACAAAACCUUGGGAGUCAUCACCUAAAAUGGUGAAAAAGCUUUUCCAGGUUGUCCGGUUUGUCUACACACAUUUUGGUAGUAUAGAUGUUCAUCCCUUUACGUUUGAUGAGUUUGCACAAGCAUUCCAUGACAAGGACUCCUCGUUGUUGGGGAAAGUACAUGUCAGUCUCCUCAAGCUACUUAUGUUAAACACAGAAAGGGGCAGCGGCAAUGUGUUUGUUCCAAGAUCGUCUAAAGAUAGCAGAUUCUUAAGCUUUCUGAACUUUGUUAGGGAACAAGAAUUCGAUGUGAAUUUUUGGAUGAAAUCCCUGAAUUCUCUUACUUGGGUUGAAAUACUACGCCAGGUUCUGGUUGCUUCAGGUUUUGGUUCAGAUCAUCAUAUGUUGAAUCGGAAUUUCUUUAGCAAGGAGAAAAAUCAAAUGGUUAAAUAUGGGUUAUGUCCUCGUACACUGAAAGGUGAAUUGUUUGCACUAUUGUCUGAGAAAGGAAGCGGUGGGUUAAAGGUUGCUGAACUUGCCAAAUCAUCACAGAUUAUUGGUCUUAAUCUCUCUGGCGCAUCAGAAGUAGAGCAGCUUAUUUUCUCAACUCUCUCUAGUGAUAUCACGUUGUUUGAGAAGAUUGCGCCUUCUGCAUAUCGUCUCCGUGUUGAUCCUCGGAUUAAAGGAAAAGAAGAUCCUAGAUCAGAUACUGAGGAUUCUGGAACUGUUGAUGAUGAUGAGGAUGCUAGCAGCAGUGGUGAUGAAUCUGAUGGUUCACAAGAGAGUUAUCCUGAGCAUGAAAGUAGAAUUGUCAGGUGGAGACAGAAAAGCAUACAUAAAAAUGUGAAUAAAUGCAGUGAAAUUGAUGAAAGUUAUUCCGGAGAACGAUGGCUUCUAGGGUUGAUGGAAGGCGAGUACUCAGACCUAAGCAUCGAUGAGAAGCUGGAUUGCUUGGUUGCUUUGAUAGAUGUUGUUUCUGGUGCGGGUUCUGUUCCAAGGCUUGAGGAACCACAAAGUGUCCUGUCUAACAUACAGAGAGCACAGUCGCACGCCUCAGGCGGAAAGAUAAAGAAGUGUACAAGAGCCAUUUAUCAAUCUAGUGAUGAGUACUUUAAUAGACCAGGAAGCCCGCACAGUUUUGAUUCUUCUAUGCAAGGACAGUCAGGAAGCCUGAGGAGUCAGGAUUACAUUGGUGACUCUGGAGCUAACGAAUCAUCCACAGGAUUUGCACAUCAGCCACAAAUUGUUCUCUUAGGAUCAGAUCGCAGAUAUAACAAUUACUGGCUCUUCCUUGGCCCUUGUAGAGCAGAUGAUCCAGGGCAUCACAGGGUCUACUUUGAGUCCUCAGAAGAUGGUCGCUGGGAAGUGAUAGAUUCACCACAGGAUUUACUCUCGCUGUUGUCUGUCCUAGACAUCAGGGGCAUGAGGGAAGCUCAUCUUCUUGCAUCAAUGAGAAAGAGGCAAUCAUGUCUUUUUGAAGGCAUGAAAAAACACUUGGAAGAUGGGUGUGUAGUUGCGCUCACAGCAUCAUCUGAUUCUUCUCGUUCCGAGACAAGCAGUGGAAACAGAUAUUCACCCAAGCCAAGUAGUGAAGAUGGAGCUUCACCCCUAUCAGACAUUGACAGUGCUUCUAUUCCAACAUAUCUAGCUGGUAAUCUUGAAAAUGCAUCAUCUGCAAUAGGAAUUGAAGUUGGGAGGAGAAGUGAUGAGAAGAUGUUGAAGUGGGAAAGGUUACAAGCGUUACAUAAAUGGAUCUGGACUUCUUUCUAUUCUUCCCUUACUGCUGUUAAGGGUGGCAAGAGAUCAUUCAAGGAAUCACUCGUUCAUUGUGGAAGUUGUCAUGAUCUGUAUUGGAGAGAUGAAAAACAUUGCAGAAUAUGCCACUCUAUUUUUGAGGUUGGUUUUGAUCUUGAAGAAAGAUAUGCUAUACAUGUGGCAACAUGCAGGGAGCCUGAGGGUUUGUACGAUGUGCCAAAUCAUAAAGUUCUUCCUUCACAGCUACAGGCACUUAAAGCAGCCAUUCAUGCUAUUGAGGCAUGCAUGCCUACAGCAGCUUUUGCUGGUUUGUGGAUGAAGUCUUCGCACAACCUGUGGGUUAAGCGGCUGCGACGAACAUCAUCAUUACCCGAGCUUUUGCAGGUUCUUGUUGAUUUUGUUGGGGCAAUUGAUGAGGAUUGGUUGUACCAAAGCUCAUCAGCAGUAAGCUUUAGUUCAUAUGUGGACGACAUUACUGUAUACUUCCAAACGAUGCCACAAACGACGUCUGCAGUUGCACUCUGGGUUGUCAAAUUGGAUGCCCUCAUUGCACCUCAUUUGGCUGGCAGAGGAUUAGGCAAAGGGUUCAUACAGACAAGAGCUCAGGCAUGCGUGAGAUAGCUAGGAAGGAACUAGAUGGAUUAUUUUGUAUGGUGCUCCAGCAAAGCACCCAGCUGCCACUACUCUUUUUUGCAUCAGUUUCAAUCUUUGGAUUGAUGUCCGUGCUUUUUCUCGAGGCGAGACGGCCAUGAUGCCCUUGUUUUCUGCCUUGAUCUUGAUGCCUUCACCUUCGUGGUUAUGAUCUUAACUCUGCAGAAGCCACGACAUCUCCUUAGGAUGGGGUGUGUACAACAAUGUAGACACUAAUAAAUUCUUUAUUAAUAAUCAUUGCUCCGGCUUUGUAAUUUCCUUUUUGUAUUUGAAGUGGUCAGGGAGGCGCCUGGCUGGAUAACAUAAUACCUAUUUUCAUGGAAUAGAAGGGCUAUAUAGAUCUGUUUCCUAGUUUGCUGGGUUGGGUAGGUAGGUCUUCUGGUUGUCAUUCCAGGAGAGCAUGUCGGGCAUUGAAGCACACGAUGGAUGUCGUUAUUUUCUCACAUUUAUAGAUGACUUAAAUAGAUAUGGGUGUAUUUACUUAAUGUAACAUAAGUUUGAAACAUUUGAAAAGUUCAAGGAGUUUUAUAUUGAAGUAGAAAAUCACCGUGAUAAGAAA